AAAUCAAGAAUCAUUUGAUUUCUUUCCUUUUACCGUUGCUUCUUUCCCAUUCGGACGAAGCUCCGGAAAAAUGGACGGGUUCGGGUCGCAUCCGAGAACAAUCGCCGUUGAUCGAUGGAUGGAAAUAGUUAACGGUAAAGGUUACGGCGUUGGUGGAGCUCGACCCGACUCACCGAAGUUUCAACCGUCUAUUCCCCCUCCGCCGGGAUCAGGUUCUACGGCACGUACAACUACUACUCCGUGGAGAUUACUCGACGCCGAAACGAAGAGGAAGAAGAGAAUCGCGACGUAUAAGACUUACGCUUUGGAAGGUAAAGUCAAAACCACGGUCAAGAAAGGGUUUCGUUGGAUCAAAAACAGAUAUUCUCAGAUUAUACACGGAUGAUUAAUCUUUUUUUAUUUUACAUUUCGUGUCUUGGGCUGUCGCCGGCGAUAAUCUCCGGCGACUUUUAUUUUUUUUGCUGAUGUUAAAAGGUAAAAGAGAUUUACUAUAGCCUUAUAGGGGAGUGUUUUGAUUUGAUCUUGAAAGCAAGAUUCGUGUCGUCGUUGUAUGGGUGAAUAUAUAAAUUAGUCUACA